AUGAGCUACAUGUCCGUUGCUAUGCGCCCCUGGAUUUCCGUGGAAUCUUGGGGCCCAGAUCGCAUCGAUGUUAUCGGGAUCGGCACAGACAAUCAAAUGUACCGCAAGAGCUUCGACAGGAGUGACCGCGGCUGGAAGCCUGCUGCCACUUCGUGGGAGCCACUGGGCGGCAAGUUCAAGCAGGUUCCCGCGGCCAUAUCCUGGGGUUUCGGCCGGCUUGACAUUUUUGGCAUUGGUCUGGACAACCAGCCGUACCACAAGGCGUGGGGAAAGAACAGGAAGGCAGGAGACUUCUGGAUCAUCAGCGACUGGCAGGGCAUAACAGGUGGGCUCGUAAGCGCUCCUGUCCCUGUCUCUUGGGGGAAUGGACGCAUCGACAUCUUCGGCAUCGGUGGCACGGGUCAUACGAUGUACCGCAGGACUUAUGGGGAGGACUGGACUCCAGGCGCCUGGGAGAAACUUCCGGGCAAGUUCAAGAGCCUCCCCUCCGCUGUCUCAUGGGGUCCAGGCAGGCUUGAUGUUUUCGCCAUUGGCAUGGAUGACCAAAUGUACCACAGAGCAUAUGACGGUGGUAAAUGGCUGUCCAGUUGGAAUGGAAUGUCUGGCAAAUUCAAGAGCUGUCCGUUUUCUGUAUCAUGGGGCUCAGGUAGGCUUGAUGUCUUUGGCAUCGGGCUUGAUGAUCAGAUGUAUCACAAAGCCUACGACGGAAAGGACUGGGUUUCGAAGGACUGGAAGGGGAUCAGUGUCAAAUUCAAGAGCACUCCCUCAGCUGUCUCAUGGGAAUCUGGCCGGAUCGAUGUUUUCGGCAUUGAGCUAGAUGACCAGAUGUAUCAUAAAGCAUUCGACAAUGGUAACUAG